CAACAGAGAAAUGACACCAGUGCGCAUUUGCGCAUGCGUGAAUUUGAAGCGUCGUCAUCUUUUUAAGACGCAGCUACAUAAGAUACGUGGCUCUGUUUAGAACUACGAUCGAACGACUGGAUUCUGUGUCAUUCCUGCUCUUGCAUCCAAAAACAAAGCCUGUAACAUGGAUCAAGUGGUGCAAUUUGUGGAGCCAGGAAGGCAGUUUGUCAAAGACUCCAUAAGGCUAGUGAAGAGAUGCACAAAACCUGACAGAAAAGAAUUCCAGAAGAUUGCCCUGGCCACCGCAAUUGGUUUCGCAAUCAUGGGCUUUAUCGGAUUUUUCGUGAAACUCAUUCACAUCCCCAUCAAUAACAUUAUUGUGGGUGGCUAACCAGAAUCCUUUCUAAACUCUGGAUCCAUGACUUGACCUGUGACGUUCGAUGAUUUCUGACUGGACAUGGAAAACAUGGAAUGAUUUAUUCUUUUGUAUGGCUUAAUUUAACAUGUCUGAAACAUUUGUAUUUUGGAAAUAAAGCUGCUUAUCAGUCUUUG